AUGGUUCUCAAGACAGAACUUUGCCGUUUCAGUGGUGCCAAGAUUUACCCUGGGAGAGGCAUCAGAUUUAUCCGUUCAGAUUCUCAGGUGUUCCUAUUCGUCAACUCAAAAUGCAAACACUACUUCCACAACAAGUUGAAGCCGUCCAAACUUACAUGGACAGCUAUGUAUAGGAAGCAACACAAGAAGGAUAUUGCACAAGAAGCUGCUAAGAAGAGGCGACGUACCACCAAGAAGCCUUACUCUAGGUCUAUUGUGGGUGCAACCUUGGAGGUUAUCCAGAAGAAGAGAACUGAAAGGCCAGAAGUUCGAGAUGCUGCCAGGGAGGCUGCUCUUCGUGAAAUUAAGGAAAGGAUCAAGAAGACAAAGGAUGAAAAGAAGGCGAAGAAAGCAGAGGUUCAGGCCAAGUCCCAGAAAGCUGGAGGAAAGGGCAAUAUGUCCAAAGGAGGUGCAUCUAAAGGUCCUAAGCUUGGUGGUGGCGGAGGAAAACGUUAA